UGAUAACCAUGUCUGACGAAGAGGAAGUGCUUUCCGGUGAAGAGGAGGAGGAAGUAGAAGAGUCCCUGGCCGAGGAGGUCGAGGAAGAGGAAGCCGCCGCCGAAGAUGCUGCUGCUGAAGAGGAAGAGCCAGAAGCCGCCGAAGAGGAAGCUCCAGUCGAGGAGAAACCAAAGCCACGUCCACCAGUUCAGGAGGAGAAGCCACCAGCAGAGAUGACUGAGGCUGAAGCUGCCAUGCUUGCAGCAAAGAAACGUCACGAGGAAGAGGAAGCCGCCAAGCUUCUUGAUUACGAACAACGCCGUGUUCUCGAAAAGGAGCAAAUGGAGCAAGAGCUCCGUGAGCUUAAAGAAAAACAAGAGAAACGUCGUGCUGAGCGUGAGGAAGACGAGCGUCAGUUUGCCGAAAGAAGACGUCAAGAUGAAGAGAGACGUCGCAAGGACGAGGAAGAUCGCAAAGCUAAGGCUGAUGCGGAGAAGGCUCGCAAGAACGAGGAGAAGUCCCGUCGUCAGCAAAUGAUGGCUGGAUCAUUCGCCGGAGCUGCCGUUGGAGCCCCAGGAGGAAAGAACUUCACUGUUUCCAACAAGGGCGAUCAAGCCGCCAACUUCGGAAACCUUGCUCAAGGAGCCAAGGCUGAAGGACUCACCAAAGAACAACAAGAGGACGCCAAGAGAGCUUUUUUGAACGUUGUUUGCAAGGCCCAAGAUGUUUCAACACUCAUGCCAAACGAUUUGAAGGAGAGAAUCAAGGGAAUUCAUGCCCGUAUUGUCAAGCUUGAGGGAGAAAAGUACGAUUUGGAAAAGAGACGUGAGCGUCAAGAGUACGACUUGAAAGAGCUCAACGAGCGUCAACGCCAAGUUGCUCGUAACAAGGCCCUCAAGAAAGGACUUGACCCAGAGGAAGCCGCCUCUUCCGUCCAUCCACCUAAGAUCACCACAGCCUCCAAGUUCGAUCGUCAGACUGACAGAAGAUCAUAUGGUGAUCGUCGUUACCUCUUCGAAAACCCAUUCGUCAAGCCAGCCUACACCCUUGUCCACGGAACAUCCCGGCCGCCAGCAGAAUGGGGACGCAAAGAGAACGAGGAACUUGAACAGAUCAGAAAGAACCUUGAACCACCAAAGUACGUCGAACAAGUGAAAGCCGAGGGAGAUGCAGCCAAGCCACCAGUCAACCCAAUUCCACUUCAAGUUCCAGAUAAGGAGUUUGAAGAUGGACCAGUUCAAAGCCAAAAUCCAAAUGAGGGAGCUGAGGUUGUGAUCCCAGAUAGUGAAGCUGCUGCCGAGGCCGUUCCAGCCUAAACGCUCCAACCGUCAUCAUACCCCACCUCAUCAUCACAAAUAAAAAAACGCUGCUGACAAUUCUUUCAUUUUACCCCUAACUGUUCAUUUUCCCCUAAUUUUCAAAUCCAUCUUUGUAUUUUAGAGUGUGUUUCAAUGCCUUCUUUUACAUUUUUGUUCCGGUGUAAUCUUCAACAAACCCAAUAAUAAAUACUCUUUUCACCACGAUCCCCAUCAAA